GUGUCACUUCCGAUACGAGGGGGAUAUUUCCGUUUGAUUACGUGUGUAUAUGAAGACUCUACUCAUAGGCCGAUAGAACUCACCGGUUUGUCUCGUGGCAAGUGGUGGCAAGUGGCCAUUACGUAUGGUGCAUAAUGAGAUUGAUAGAUAAAUUCCUCUGUCUAUUCGCGAUACUCGGCAUCGCGAAUGCUGCUGGCCCUACGCUCGUUUUACUUGAUAAUUUGGCUAUUAGAGAAACACAUUUCAUCUUUUUUAAGACAUUGCAAGAUAAUGGAUAUACGUUAACAUUUAAAUUAGCAGAUGAUGCUAAUUUAUCACUCUCCAAGUAUGGGGAAUACUUAUACAAACAUUUAAUAAUAUUUGCACCAUCUGUGGAAGAAUUUGGUGGAGCAUUAAGUGUUGAGGCAAUAACUGAUUUCAUAGAUGGUGGUGGAAAUGUUCUGGUAGCUGGUUCUUCCCAGUCUGGAGAUGCACUGCAUGAACUAGCAUCCGAGUGUGGUUUUGAAAUUGAUGAAGAGGGUUCCACAGUCAUAGAUCAUUUAAAUUAUGAUAUUACUGAUAAUGGAUAUCAUACCAAAAUAGUUGCAGAUCCAUCCAACUUGAUAGAUGCUCCUGUCAUUGUUGGAAAUAAAAAUGUACCACCUUUACUUUACCAAGGAACUGGACUUAUUGCUGAUACAGACAAUCCUUUAAUUUUGCGUCUAUUAACAGCAUCCAGUUCAGCAUAUUCAUACAAUCCAAAUAACCCUAUAAAGGAUUAUCCUCAUGCAGUCGGCAAGAAUACAUUACUAAUCGCAGCUCUCCAAGCCAGGAACAAUGCAAGAGUUGUGUUCUCAGGUUCAUUAUACUUCUUCAGUGAUGAAGCUUUCACUAGUUCCAUUCAGAAAGGUCAAGGUGGCCAGAAAUACGAAAAAUCUGGAAAUGAGAUAGUAGCGACGAAGAUCGCGCAGUGGGUCUUCAAAGAAAAUGGCGUGAUACGCGUCUCUUCCGUUCAUCAUCACAAAGUCGGAGAAACCGAACCGCCUGCAGCUUACACGAUAAUGGACGACGUCGUCUAUUCUAUCGAAGUUCAGAAACUGUCGGGCGACAAAUGGGUUCCUUACGAGACGAACGAUCUGCAAUUGGAAUUCGUUCGAAUCGAUCCAUUCGUUCGCAUGACGAUGAAACCAGUAGGAAACGGUCGCUACGAGGCACGAUUCAAAAUCCCCGAUGUCUACGGAGUUUAUCAAUUUAAAGUGGAUUAUACUCGUAUCGGUUUGACCCAUUUGUAUAGUACAACGCAAGUGUCGGUCCGUCCUUUGCAACACACACAAUACGAACGUUUUAUACCAAGUGCAUUCCCUUACUACAUAAGCGCAUUCUCGAUGAUGGGCGGCGUAUUUUUAUUUUCACUUGUGUUCUUGCAUUACAAGGAGGACACGAAACCAAAGUCUGAAUAAAUUCUGUCGUGAUCACAAUGUUUACAGACACUUUACAGUGGGAUACACAUAGUACAGUUUGUCAUUUUCAUAUCGCGUAGACAUCGAGGAGAAGGAGAAAGUGCUUAACUAACAAAGUAGCAGGUAUUUACGAUGUAUAGAUGCGAGUGUAAUAAGAUGAUUAUAUUUAUUUAACGAAACGCUGGAAAUCGGAGGGUACAUCUUGUUUGAAUCCGGAAAGCGUGAGCAUCGCUCGAAAUCUAUCUACACAUAAACUAUCAGAAUUUUUUUCUGUACAAUGUUAGGUAUCUUUAACGAAUGUUUUUAUAAUUGAAAUAAUAAACGAAACAAAGAAAUAUAAAUAAGUGUACUGGUAA